AUGCACCAAGGUACUCUACAACUGUUCUAUGAGCGAAGGAGAUUCGAGUGUUCUGGAAGAAGGCUCUUUCAUCGUCCUUGUGAGGGACCUUCCAAAUCGCUGUACCGUAAAAAUCAAUUCAGAGCUCAAAAAUUCGUAAGCUUUAUACAAGUAAAACCAUACUGUCAAAAAUAUAGUCCUCUUCGAAAUCUUAAGCAUCUGAACCUAGAGAUCCUUUGGUCCACAGAUUUGGAUAGUAAUGUUGAAGAAUAUCAUUAG